AUGGAUCCCGUGUGCUUUUCCACCACCCUUGGCCAAGAAGCCAUUCCUCCAGACGUCAACUUCUCCAUGCAGGCAAACGCCACAAAUAAUGAGACCCUCCCCAAAUGUCCUGCUCCCUCCAACAUCCGCUCGGUCUUCAUCCCAAUCAUCUACCUCCUGGUUUGUGCCAUUGGGCUCAGUGGCAACACCCUGGUCAUUUAUGUGGUUUUGCGCUACGCCAAGAUGAAGACUGUCACCAACAUUUACAUCCUAAAUCUGGCCGUUGCUGAUGUCCUCUUCAUGCUUGGCUUGCCCUUCCUGGCUACCCAGAAUGCCAUCUCCUACUGGCCCUUUGGGACCUUCAUGUGUAGGCUAGUCACAGCCUUUGAUGGCAUCAACCAGUUCACCAGUAUCUUUUGCCUGACUGUCAUGAGCCUCGACCGCUACCUUGCCGUCGUUCACCCCAUCAAGUCUACCAGGUGGCGUCAGCCAAGGGUCGCCAAGCUGAUCAGUGUUGGUGUCUGGACUUUCUCCUUUUUGGUAGUCCUGCCCAUCAUUAUAUUUGCGGAGGUCCAGGAGGCUUUUCUUACCUGCAAUAUGAGCUGGCCUGACCCUGUCGAGGUAUGGUCUGCAGUCUUCAUCAUUUACACUUCUGUGCUGGGGUUCUUUGGACCUCUCCUGGUUAUCUGCCUCUGCUACUUGCUGAUUGUGAUCAAAGUCAAGUCAUCUGGAAUCCGUGUUGGCUCAACAAGGCGCCGGCGCUCAGAGAGGAAAGUGACCAGGUUGGUGGUCAUCAUUGUGGUGGUUUUUGUCUUCUGCUGGCUUCCCUUCUACAUCGUGAAUAUUGUCAACCUGGUAUUCAUACUGCCCGAGGAGCCCAUCCUGGUGGGCGUUUUCUCCUUUGUGGUGGUUCUGUCUUAUGCCAACAGCUGUGCCAACCCUAUUUUAUAUGGAUUUCUUUCGGACAACUUCAAGCAAAGCUUUCAGAAGGUCUUGUGCCUCCAUAAAGACAGUGGCAUGGAAGAUGGGGAUCCAACUGAACUCCGACAGGAAAAGAGCAGCCGCCUGCGUGACGCCAUGCUGCCUCAGAGGAGUGUUGAAUCCAAUGGGCAUAUGCAGACUAGCAAGGUGUGAACAGCGUGUUCCCCUCUGGGAAACCCUUUCUCUUGAGUUAAACCCAUGAUGAGGACAAACCCAUCAGUGAUGAAAAGGCCGUUGCCAAGUCUUCACAUGCAAUGGACAGAGAUUGACUUUCUUUUCCCCGUCUGAUUACAGAUGGUCCAACUUAGCCAUUCUUUCCAGAGGGUAUCCUUGUUCAUCUCUUGCAGCAAAGACAACCAAGAGUCUUGUGGCACCUUAAGGGACAAGCCACUGAUUCUGGCACAAGCUGUUGCAGACUACGACAGCCCACUUCGUUGGACGCACAGAUCACUAGGGAGAGUUUCAGAUUAUCUGCUAUCUGAAAAAUGACC